AUGCGAUUCUCAAUCCUCCAGGCCUCUGGCCUCUUCGCGCUCGCCGUGCGAGCCGUACCCGCUCCGCAGGCCGUUACCACGACCGAGUCCAAUGCCAUGUCCGCCACCGGCACGCCCGGGCGGAUCCCGUCCGGGAACCCGCCGCAGCCGUCGAAUGCAUACCCGAACACCGGGAACCUGACGCAGCCGGAGCCGAUGCCGUACAUGCCCGCCGGAGGCGUCAACACCAACAAGUCUUCGAUCCCGGUGUACCAGGCGUUCUCGGACUUUGAUUGGCAGUCGCUCUCGUUGGCGCUCUAUCAGGAGUGGAUAGAGCUCGACUUGUUCCAGGCGGGACUGGACAUGUUCUCGGACGAGGAUUUCAAUAAGACCGGUAUAGGAGCGGAGAAUAGGGCGUUGAUCGCAUAUAUGUCGCAGCAGGAGAUCGGCCACGCCACCCUCAUCAGCAACAUGCUUGGUCCUCACGCCCCCAAACGCUGCCAAUACCAGUACCCCUUCAAGACCGUCCCAGAGUUCAUCGACUUCUGCCAAAAAUUGACACGGUGGGGCGAGGCGGGCGUGUACGGUUUCCUGCCACACAUGGACUCUCGGCCCGCCGCGCAAAUGCUGCUGCAAUCCAUUACGACCGAAGCCCGGCAGCAAAUGAUCUUCCGUCAACUCGAAGGCCUCUUCCCGACGCCCGAGUGGUUCCAAAUCGGCGUUCCGCAGUCUUUCGCCUGGACGCUGCUGGCGCCAUACAUCAAGUCGUGUCCAGCGGACACACCCAAGCUCCCCUGGCAGAACUUCCCCGCAUUGAACGUGACCAACAACCCUCAAGCAUACGAUCCCGCCUUCCAAGCCGCACUCACGCACAACCGUACGCAGCUAUCUCACCCGGGCCGCGAGGUGAAUUUCACCUUCUCGGACGCGGGAGACCAUGUCGGUCCGAAUAACAGCUAUGUUACGCGCACGUUCGCUGGGAAGCCCGCGUUCGCCGCGUGGAUCUCGCAGCUGAAUGUUACGUAUACGCCGCUGUAUAACGUUAACACGACGGAUAAUAACGGUACUCACUCCGCGUCGGCGGUACAGCCCGAUGGACAUCUUUAUAGCAAUUUGAAUCCGCUGGUUAAUGGGACCGUGUUCGUCGUGCUCACGGAUACGGACCUGUAUGUUACCCCCCACAAUGUUUCGCUCUUGCUGCCGCAUGUUGUUGCCGGCCCGGACGUGUAUAUGGCUGGUUAG